AUGUUCAAGUAUACCAGACCAAAGUCAUCUAUCUAUGCACAGACAUCCCGUGUCGAGAUUGCUGAAUAUUCAGAGCAGCGACUUAGGACUUUUGGAGCUGUUACAUCCCAAACCACGAAACCUACCAAUUAUCCACUUGAUUACCAGAUCGAGGGCCCCGAGGUCUGCGUGACUGCUUGCUACUCUGGCCCCCGAUCUCCCCCAACCGCAAGGCUCAUGCAGCCGACACCUCGCAACCCCGACGACGCACGUCCGAGCUCGCCACCCUCCCGACGCCGGCAGCGCGUCGACUCGAACCCGCUGCUGGCGCCCGUGUCGGCCCCACUGGCCAAGCGUGCGCGGUCUGGAGACAACGCUAUGAGCUCCAAGGUCGCCGGAAAGCGGGCCGAGGUCGUUGACCUGACGCGCCGUGGCGGCGCGUCGUCGCCCUUCCAGCCCCACGGGGGCGCCAAGAAGCUCGUCAUCAAGAACCUGCGGCAGUCGGCGCCGUCGCGCGCCGCCGAGGUCGAGAGGUACUACGACAGGAUCUGGGCCGAGCUCGAGGCCGCCCUCGGGGCCAUCUUUGCGGGCCGCCAGCCCGACCAGCCGCUGGCUGCGCUGUACAAGGGCGUGGAGGACCUCUGCCGCCAUGGCAAGGCGGAGCCACUGUUCGUCAUGGUGAGGACGAGGUGCGAGGAGUAUCUCUACCGCCGGGUGCUGGAGAAGAUCAAGACGGAUGCCGCGGGAGGCGACAGCGUGGACAUGCUGAGGAGCGUCUAUCAGCAAUGGAAGCGCUGGAGUGAGCAGUCUAAUGUCAUCCGUUCUACAUUCAGUUAUCUGGACAGGUCAUUCCUUCUCACCAGCAAAGUUCACCCUCAGAUCAACGACAUGUCUAUCAGCUUGUUCCGACGUAUGGUGUUCAGGAACCGGGAAGGCAACGAGACCGGAAGUCCACCUGGCGUGAAAGUGUUGGUGGGCAUGUGUCAACUGGUGGAUCAUGAUCGCCGGAAUGACAACAGAUUUGACGCAACCCUAUUACGCGAAUCAGUCUCGAUGCUUCAUGUUUUCAAUGUCUACGGCAAGUCGUUUGAAGGUCGCUUCCUGGAAGAGUCACGGCGAUACUUUGCGGAGUUUGCCGAGGAGCGCAGUGCUUCCAAUGACCUUAAGGACUACAUUGCGGCUUGCGAUAAGCUCCUUGAGAGGGAGGAUUACCGGUGCAAUGCUUACAACUUCGACAGCACGACGAAGAGGCAACUGCUGGACGACGCACACUUGUUGUUGGUGCAGAACUACUCGAAGAAGCUCCUCGACAGUGGAAGCGUAGCGAAAUUGUUACAGGAACACGAAGUCGAGUCCAUGAAGGCGCUGUAUGAAUUGCUACGCCUUUCGGGUAUCCAGAAGGAUCUGAGGAAACCAUGGGAGGAGUACAUCAAGAGCGCGGGCUCAGCCAUUGUCACAGACACCACUCGGGGCGAUGAAAUGGUAAUCAGGUUAUUGGAACUGCGGCGCAGUCUCGAUAUCAUGGUCCGUGAUGCCUUUGGGAGAAACGACGAUUUCAUCUAUGGUCUCCGGGAAGCGUUUGGCUUUUUUAUCAACGACAAAAAGAUUGCCUCAUCGUGGAACACGGGCACCUCCAAGGUCGGCGAGAUGAUCGCCAAAUACAUCGACAUGUUGCUGAGAGGAGGACUGAAAACACUGCCCAAGGAACUGCUGUCUGACGACAAGGACCGCGCGACCGCUGAACGGGAGGGUCUAUCUAGCACGGCAGAUGAAGACGCCGAGUUAGAUCGGCAACUGGAGCAGGGCCUCGAACUCUUCCGCUUUGUCGAGGGCAAGGACGUCUUUGAGGCGUUUUACAAGAGAGACCUGGCGAGGAGGUUGCUCAUGAGCCGCAGCGCCAGCCGGGAUGCCGAGCGAAGUAUGCUGAGCAAGUUAAAGAGCGAGUGCGGUUCGAGCUUUACACACAAUCUGGAGCAGAUGUUCAAAGACCAGGAGCUUGCUAAGGACGAGAUGGCAUCAUACAGAGAAUGGAAGGACGGGACCGGGGCUGCCAAGAGUAGCCUGGACUUGAACGUCAACAUCCUCUCCGCCGCCGCCUGGCCGUCGUAUCCCGACGCCACCCUGAAACUGCCGGACGAAGUGGUCGAGCAGAUUGAGCAGUUUGACCGGUACUAUCAGAUCAAGCAUACGGGUCGGCGCCUUACGUGGAAGAACAACCUUGCUCACUGUGUGCUGAAGGCUUCUUUCAAGAAGGGACCCAAGGAGCUGCUUGUCAGCGCGUACCAAGCCGCCGUUUUGGUUCUCUUCAAUCAGGUCGAUGAGGAUCAAGCCCUCAGUUACGACCAAAUCUCGCAGAGCACGGCACUGGUCGACGGCGAGCUAGACCGGACACUGCAGUCCCUGGCGUGCGGGCGGACGCGAGUCCUGUCGAAGCACCCCAAGGGUCGCGACGUCGGCAAGACAGACACUUUCACCGUGAACAAGGCGUUUACAGACCCCAAAUACAGGGUCAAGAUCAACCAGAUCCAGCUCAAGGAGACCAAGGAGGAGAACCAGGAGACGCACGAGCGGGUGGCGGCGGACCGGCAGUUCGAGACGCAGGCGGCCAUCGUGCGCAUUAUGAAGAGCCGUAAGUCGCUGCAGCACGCGCAGCUGGUGGCCGAAGUAAUCAACCAGACGAAGAGCCGCGGCGCCAUGGAUCCGGCGGACAUCAAGCAGAACAUUGAGAAGUUGAUUGAGAAGGACUACCUUGAGCGGGAGGGCAACGCUUAUGUAUACUUGGCUUAA